UCGCAAAUGGAGGGGACGCGGAGUCGAGCCAGUGUUGGGGGAUGUCUCCACGCAAGUUUGUUAUAACGUAAAAUGGAGAUACAGUAUCAGGAUGAAAAGCCUGCCUUUGCAAAGCUGCAGUGGAAAGAUCUGGAGUAUUAUGUCCGAAGGAGACGAGUAACGAUUGGCAGACACAGCUCCCGGGGUGAAGUGGACGUAGACUUGGGGCAUUCAAAUUACAUUUCACGUGUUCACCUGGAGAUCGUAUUUGAGGAUCCAGAUUUCUACCUGAAGUGUAAUGGCAAAAACGGUAUAUUUGUGGAUGGCAGUUUCCAGCGGCCAAAUGAUCCACUGGUCAUGCUUCCUCCCAAGUGUCUGAUCCGGUUUCCCAGCACGGGUCUGCUGGUGGUGUUUUCUUCACUGGUGGGCGAGGCUGCUCGCGGCCUGUGCCUGCUGCCGCCGGCCGAGCGGACCGAGCCGCGCGGCCCAGCCAGCCCUGCGCUCUCCCCCACGGCCACCAUCAGCGCCGGCAACAGCCGUCCGGCCAGCCCGACCGCGCCGCCGGUCGCUCCCCGGCCAGCGGCGGCGCUCGGCCGGCCCGACGAGUACACAGCUGAACAGGCGGACGUCAAGCCGCCCUUCUCGUACGCCCAGCUGAUCGUGCAGGCGGUGACGUCAUCACGGGAUCGGCAGAUGUCGCUGAGCGGCAUCUACUCGUUCAUCACGCGCACCUACCCGUACUACCGCACCGCCGACAAGGGCUGGCAGAACUCGAUCCGGCACAACCUGUCGCUGAAUCGCUACUUCGUCAAGGUGCCACGCAGCCAGGAGGACCCGGGCAAGGGCAGCUUCUGGCGCAUCGAGCCGCUCUCCGAGGCCAAGCUGGCCGAGCAGGCCUUCCGGCGGCGGCGGCAGCGUGGCGUGCACAGCGUCGGCACCAGGUCUCCCGGACCUGUGACGUCAUUGAUGCCAGCCGGUGACGUUUCGCUCUCGCCGUGCGACAUCACAUUCCUACCGGAGACCUGAGAGAGGGCGCGGUCAGCCGGACCCGCCGCCAGCGCACCGGAGCUGACGUGCCCCGCCGGCGGGUACCUGCGCGAGCCGGCGGUGCUGCGCUCGAGCGCCGCGGGGACGCCGUGACGUCACUUAAGGCCGGUGUGACGUCGUUUGGAGCCGAUGUAACGUCACUCGGGCCGGUGUGACCGGUCAGCGGCACUGUGCACGGCCGGGGUCGGCUGGCAUGUCUGCUGGUCGGCUGGAGGCUCGUGCGGACGUCAGCGGCACUGUGCACGGCCGGGGUCGGCUGGCAUGUCUGCUGGUCGGCUGGAGGCUCGUGCGGACGUCAGC